GGGAGGAAGAGUGAGGAGGUGGGGAGUUAUUUUCACAGAGUCUAAACAGUAGCCUGCCUCUCUCCGUCGCCGCUGUGGGUUGUGCAGUCCCUUUACGCGGAGAGCAUUACGCGUCACUGGACUAUAGAGCGAGGUCCCCUCACUUUUCCACCCCCCAGCCGUGAACUAUUUCAGGCUCUCAUCCAUCCCGCACUGUUUUGGACCUACAUUUAUCCCGCGUUUAUUUACAGCAGAAGUCUGGACCGCUCGACUUGUUUUCUUCUUUUUUAUUUUUUGCACGUUUGGAUCUAUUGCUCCCGAGACGCGCUUUUAAGAUGCAUGUGGGGCGCAAAUCGUGUUGGAGGCAGCUGCAGGCUUCUUUUUUCAGACUGCUCUGUCUUAUCCCCACAGGAUUCCCUGUCCGGAGUGUGGAUAUGCAGCGGGCCACCGACAACAUCACCAUCCGCCAGGGCGACACGGCGAUUAUAAGGUGUUAUGUUGAUGACAAAGUCUCCAAGGUGGCUUGGCUCAAUCGAUCCAACAUUAUUUUUGCUGGUGAGGACAAGUGGUCCCUGGACCCCAGAGUAGGCCUGGUGACUAAAGGGCAACUGGAGUACAGCCUACGCAUACAAAAGGUGGAUGUGUAUGAUGAAGGCUCAUAUACCUGCUCUAUACAAACCAAGCAGCAGCCUAAGACCUCACAGGUUUACCUCAUCGUACAAGUUCCAGCUACAAUCUACAAGGUGUCAGAAGACAUCAUUGUAAAUGAGGGCAGUAACGUGACACUCAGCUGUUUGGCAAGUGGCAGGCCGGACCCUCUAAUCACCUGGCGGCUGCUCAACCCCUCAGCCGAGCCACUGGAUGGAGAGGAGUACCUGGACAUUAUAGGCAUCAUGAGAAACCAAGCAGGUCGUUAUGAAUGCAAAGCCAGCAACGAUGUCGCCACACCUGAUGUCAAAUAUGUCAACGUUGUUGUCAACUAUCCUCCAUCAAUAAGGAAAACCCAGAGCUCAGAGCCUCCGGUGGGCCGCCUGGGAACCCUGCAGUGUGAGGCUGCCGCCGUGCCCACACCAGAGUUUGAAUGGUACAGAGACGACAAAAGGCUGUCUAAUACUCAAGGCAUCAAUAUCCAGAUUCUUGGCGGUAACACUAUCCUCAUGAUUGCCAAUGUCACUGAAGAAGAUUACGGGAACUACACCUGUGUGGCCUCAAACCGUCUGGGUGCUCAGAGUUCCAGCGUUUUCCUCUAUAGACCUGGGACAGGUCGAGACAUCAACGGCUCUGCUUGUGCAUCUCUAUCACUGUGGCUCCUGUUGGCCUCCUUUGCCUGCCUUUUCUUCAAGUGUUAAUACCGUCAUCCAGCUCUCUCGCUGACCCCACCCCUGACCGCCCAGCCCUCCUCCCCCUACUUUCCCGUCCUCCCGCUCUUCAACUCAAUGACAUCCUUUUCGCUACUUUAUUACCAACGCUGCCGCCUCCCUCCCGUAGACUGUUUGCAUCACAGUACAAAAACCUUACGUGCUCUCGAGCACUCUUGAGUACGGCUUAGAGAUAUGAGAAGCGAUGAGUUAUGAUGGAGUAAGAUGUUUUACCAACAAAUAAAAACAGUGGAAUGAAGGACAAAACAAGCAAACAGUGCUCUUACAAAGAUUUGUGAUGUUGUUUUUAAUUUGUAUGCACUAUUUUGUGUCUGUAACAUCUUGUUUUUGGGUCUGAUUUGGAUCUUUCCACCCCCCUUUAUUUUUCAUGGGGAUAACAGCAGAAGGAUCCCAAAAACUGGGAUACCAACAAUCAGCUCUUUUGAGUACAUGUAAGAUCUGUUACGUUAUUGUGAUUUUAACCCAUACAUUAAAAAGCAACAUGCAACGUAUUUGCCAAAUAUACACAAAUAUUUGAAGCUAAAGUGCGAAACUCAAAGGGAAAAACUAAUGUAUCUGAUUUUUUUUUUUUUUUGACGAAAUGAGAUUUUGGUGUUGAAUGUGUUCAAUCAUAACAUGAGGCGACUCAGCUGGAACACAGAUGCAGAGCCUUAGCAGCACAGCUCUUCACUCAGUAACAUUUGGACAAUGGCAGGCAAUCUUAGAGAGGAGGAUGCAGUGAGUGAAUCCUGCCGAGCUUAACCAUCCUUUACCAGUGGCUUUGCUACUACCCGCCUUUAUUACAAAAGAAAAAGAAGAACUGACAAAAAAAGAUACCCAUGUAGGUUAUAAUUAUGCGUACUGUACAUAGUUCAAUUUUGUAUCUCUCUAAGACAAGUUCUGCCACUGUAACACCAGGAUUUCAGAGAACAUUGUUGCAGUUCAUACUUUUAGCUGAGGUAUUUUAGGAUCAUUCUGCUAGACAGUGGGGAUUUGGAGAAAAAAAUAUUUACGUAUGACACCAAUGAAUGACUUAAGUUUUUCUCUUUCUCAAAGAGUGUUUGUUUUACUAUGACAUGGUACAGAAAUAUUCAUGACAAUAUAUGAUGUUCAUGCUAUUUUUUCCAUCUUUAUCUCAUUAAUUUUUACAGCACACUUCAACCAAAAUACCUUAUGUACAAUACCAACCACAUUUAUUGGCACCUCCGGUAAAGAUGAAUAAACUGCCUUAAAAUAAAUUUAUUGUAGCAGCCUGAUCUUAUAAAUAAUAAUACUGAGUAUGUUUAUGCAGAGUGGAUAAAAGUACUCUGCAUAAAGAAAAUUGUUUCUUUUCACUACAAGACUGGUGGCACACAUGUUGGUACAACAUUGUAGAACCCCAUUUUCCCAGUACGAUAAGUAAAACUUAAUCUCUUAAAAAAAGAUUACAAGGAUGGACUGGGCUGGCUAUGGAAAAAGUUUUUGAAGUUUAUGAUGGUAGGAUGGUGUCUCUAAGAUGCCCGUCUUUGAUACAGUUCUCCAGCGGUUACCUUUGAAGAAUUUUUUACAGCACAAUCCUAAAAACCAAAAACAUGUUAAGGUGAUUAAUUUGCUUAUGUUUAAAAGAGCUCAGCAACAACUGUGUCUGCUGCUAUGGAAAAAAAGCAACUAAAUUCAACGUAUUAAGUAUUUCCAAAAAUGCUGCCUUGUAAUUGCGCCCUUUCUUUAAUCAGCUGAUUGGCAGUGUGCAGCAAAAGGUCGGGGAGGAGCAGCAGCACUGUGCUACUUUACUCUGUCUCGUGAAACUCCAGACUCUUUGGGUUAGGGCUAUCUAUCUUUAAACGUAGAACUGUUUAAUGGUUUUGAGCCACUUUUUUUUUUUUUUACUUUGUAUACCAGUAACCAAGAAGUCAUUUAUAAUGAUUAAGAAAUGUCUAUAAAUUCCAAUUAUGAAUACUAAAGUAAACCUUUUAAGAAAACCUUCAGUUACAUUUAUUUUGCAGGAAGAGUGUUGAUUUUAUUAUCAAUAAUUAUUUCUUAGAACAGUAUUUUUCUCCACUGAAUGUACUCAAAUGCUAAAUAUUUUAGUGAGACAAAAUGAUAGUGAAAUAAAGGAUGAAUUUAUUUAAAGGCAACAACUUUAGCACUGGUACACUGUAUAAAAAGAGAAAUUUGAUGUUUCUUUAUAGGAUAGCAUCUUAUUGAGGCUUGUAGGUCUUUUAAACUGGCAGCCAUACAGUUUUGAUAGAAGCCCGUUGGAUGGGAAUAUAAUAAGGCAAAGUUAUGCAUUAAAAGCAGAUAGUUCUGUGCUGUUGUUGUUGUUAUUGUGCUUAUUCUUGAGUUGACAUUUUUUUAAGAAUGCAGUAUUAUGGUUAGCUUGCAAUGCUCAUUCAAAUGCCUGGACUUCAGCACGAGAACAGAAUAUUAAACACUGGACAUGACUCCUCUCAAUCGCCAGCAAAAAGUGAUUAAAUUUAACUGCAGCAAAUCACCAAGUCCUUUGCCAAAGCUUUCACAGGAUUUAUUUCUGUAAGAACUAAUGAGUAAAUGUCUGUGGGUUUUUCUUUACUCACUCAUAGAGUGCAGUUCAGGGUGCAGCUGUGUGGCUCAGUGAACCUGCUGCACUAUUAUCUGCCUUUUUACCAUUUUCUUUGACCUACUGUAAAGCUGACUGAUUGUGCAAUCCUUUGCUUAGCUCAACACUACCAAUUCUCGGUUAUCCGAAAACAAACAUUUAAUUAUUGUCAUUUUCACCAUGUAUUUAAAGACUUGUUUCAGUGUUUCCAUGGUGAUUGCCUCUGAGGUUGCAGCUGUCUGUGGUAGUGAUGUUGAACUUAAAAUCUAGUAUGCUUUUACUUGAAGUGCUGUUUUGGUCACACCAAAUCCAAUAUCACAUUUCUGACUCUUGGAGGUGUUAAGGACUCUGCUUAUUUUAUGCUUUCACCUUCUUGCACAUUUUUUUCAUUAGUUUUUUUUUAAUAUAUAUGCAUAUAUACCUGGUGUGUUUCAUUUCUUUGCAGCAUACUUUAGGCACAGCAAUAUAAUUUUGUUAUUGUGGAAUAGAUCUUAGCAGGUCAGUUUACCAGAGAGAAAUGCUGAUUCCUCCUGCUCUGUCUCACUGUCUUUUUAUUUAAAAUAAGGGCAGAACUGAGCACGGCUGACCUGAAGCAGAUGAUCAGAUGUAGACAUUAUUUUUUUUGUUUUUGCUCCCUGGCUUUUUUCAUCAGUUAAGUGGAGGAGACUGACAGACAACCAAGGUGUUAAAAAAACUUCUUACUGCCUCAAGCCUUCAUUUUAGCAUUUGUAUGCAUGAUCUCUGCUUAAAAGCAAAACAUUUAAGGGAACUCUGAUUAAUGGAUUUUAAGUUGAUUUAUAGACUAUCUUUGUACCAUUCAGGUUGUUCAAGUGCAUGAGGCUAAGCUCAGCGGUGUGGGUGCCCAAGCACAUUCAUGCAGGUUAAAACCAGCUAAAUAGCACUGACUUACAGCGCCUUGCAAAUAUAUUCAUACCAUUUGAACUUUUACACACUUUUUGUUACAUUAUAGCCAUAAACUCUAAUGUGUUUCAUUUGAAUUUUAAGUGGUGAAUAAUUUUGGCAUAAAGUAAAAAUGACACAUGGUUUUCAAAAAAUGUUGAAAAAUGUAGCAUAUAAUUUGCAUUCAUCCUACCCACCUCUCCAGUCCCCCAUACGCAGGAAUGUCUACUUAUUCUAAAAUGGAUCAUCAUUUAUAAAAACACAGAUUUGUCCAGACGGCACCGUUUUCAUAAAUGUUUUUAUCCAUUCGUAAAUACAGACCAGUCCUAGACAUUGUUUUUACUCUCCCCACACCUGUAAGUGGUGCUUCCAUUCUUGACAUGUUUAUAUUCCAUGUCAAGUAUGGAAUAUAAACAAAAGACCUCCACACAAGAUUAAUGGUAAACAUAACAUGGGGGGGAAAAAAACAACAACAAAACACAAGUGGAGCCUUUUGAAAAGGUAAAAGGUAAAGGUAAUUUUAUUUAUAUAGCACAUUUUCAGCAACAAGGCAAUACAAAGUGCUUUACAUGACUUAAAAGGAAAUACAAACAAAAUAACAAACCAAAGGAAAGAGCAAAAGAAGAAAAAGAAUCUAAUGUUGAUCUAAAGUAUGUAAGCUAGGUGCUCCUGUUCAGGGUUACUAAGUAUCCUCUGGUCUAAUUCCAUUUCUGGGUUGGGAGAACAGGAGUCUAAAAAAUAGUUUAACAAUGUUGAUCCAAAAGUGUCCUCUGGGUUUCUGGUCUCUGCAUCUAAAUAGUGAGUAAAAAGUGUAGAACUUUUUGCAGUUGCUGCAGAACUUUAAAUGAAGUUCUGCACUGCCACCAACAUGUAAUCUGCCAUUGUUGUUAUGCAUAAUCCAUAUGGCAUGUGAAGUUGGGCUAAUACGUCAGCAUUGUCACAAAAGAUGCAUUUUUGCCAUCCAAAUUAAUAUGUUGGAGCUAAAAUUUCACUCUGACCUGCUUUUUUGAAAAACAAAAAACAUUUUCCGUCUACCCUUGUGGUGAAAAGCAGUCAAAAACGUCACACAAAAUCAUCUCUUUAGCUGCAAUUACAGCUGUAAGCCUUUAGGGAUACAUCUCAACUAGCUAGUAGUAAUUAUUUCAACUAAAACUGUUUUUCCCAUUCUUGCAAAAUCGCCAAAGCACAGUCAAUUUGGUUAUAGGACCCAUCAACUCUAUCCAGCAUCACCGUCCUGGUUAAAGAAAAACAUCUCCAAAGCAUGAUGCUACCUCUGCUGUGUUUCGCUGUGUGGGAGAAGAGUUUGCACCAUUAAUUUUCAUGGUGUAAAAAAUUAAAUUUUUGGUCUCAUGUGAACAGAGCACACUUUAUCCAUGUUUGUUGUGCCCACAUGGGACUUGGGGAAACCUGCAAAUUGUAGUUCUUCUGACUUUUAUGUAACAAUACCUUCCUUCUUGCCACUUUUCUAUUAAGGCCAUUUUGUCUUUUUAGUGUCCAUAACUAAUAGUUGUCCUGUCAAAAUGUUCUCACUCCUUUGCUGUUCAUCUUUGUAGCUCCUCUAGUAACCUUGGGUCUCUUGACUACUUCCCUAAUUAAUGCUUUCUCUAUCUGACUUGUCAGCUUAAAUGGACAGUCAUGUAAUAAUAGGUUUGCAGUUGUGCCUUACUCUUUUCAUUUUGGAUGGUAGAUUGAACAGAGCUAAAAAUGUAUCUGAAGAUUGAGAUAUUAUUUUGUUGAACAGCUGUAUUUAUACUAAGAAUAAAUUACACACAGUAGGCUGUAGCUUUUGAUUAGAAAAUGUUUUAAAAGCUGUAUAUCAUUUUCUUUCAACUCUACAAAUAUCCACUUUUAAAGUUUGUGGUUGUAAUGCAACAUAAUGUUAAACAUUUUAAUGGGUAUGAUUACUUUUGCAAGGCACUGAAAAUAUUCAGACCAUACGUGUAAAAGCCAUGAAGAUCUGUCUUAUCUGUAAAGCAGAGAAGGAGAUUUGUCUUUCCAUGUUUAACACAUCCUAACAGCCAGCCUAAGAACACAGCACUAACCCAAUAUCUGCUGAAAGCUACAGGCACAGCUACCUAGUUUACUACUGAGCAUUGUCUCGGCCCUCUGCUUCACUGUAGUAAGCUGGCUCUUGUAAAUGGCGUGUGUGUUCAUGAUGAUUAACAAUGACUGAAGUUGUUAAAUGUGAGGCAUGAGAUAUAUGAGGAGUACAGCACUUAGUUGAUGGUUACUGUGGUAACCCUCUUUUUCUUUAGUUUCAGGUCCCACCAUCUUUUUCUCCCUCUUGUCUGUAUAUACAAAAUUAUGUUUCUACAUUAGAAUGUUGUAAAGUCACCAGUUCCUUAAAGAUCUCAUUCAUACAACUCCUACCUUUUGAAAAUGUAAACUGUUUGUACUUUCCCCGUACUUCCCCUCAGUGGUGGGAAAAUUAACAUUCUGCCGUAGACUAUGAUGCCGAAAUGUUUCUCUUUUUUUCAGUUUUGCUUUACUUUAAUAUUGCAUAAGGUAAUUCCAGUCCAUUUCUAAAAAAAAAAAAGAUACAUAUUAAAGGUAAACUGUAUGAGACAAUGUUAACAAAAUAAAGUUGUUUGAAGUCAG